AAAAAGUGGGGGUGCUACACAAAUCCUGAAAAGUGUAACAUUGCAAAUCGCCAAUUUUCUUCCAAUCAUCCAUGGUAAAAGACUUGGCUUGUUUCGAUUUGGCGGAUUCAACACAUUCAUGUGGAGAGGCCCAAGAAAAAAUGCUGGCUAUAUCUAUAAAAGGCAAUCGAGGGUUCAUUGCGUGGUCAUCAUGAUUAGACACUUUGGACAUUUUUCCCUCCCCUUCUUCUCUUUCUCCAGCUCCCCUUUCUUUGGUCGGUGCAUCAUUUCACUUAUUCCAUGGAAACCCCACCACCUGAAAAGACCACAUUUCCAAUCGAUAUAUUUGACUCGUUUUCAGCAAGCACGGUGCCGCGGUCAGACGGGUAUUCAAACGAAGCCAAUCGAAUUCGACGACGAGCAGUGACUUCCACCGAUGAUCCAGCAUGGCAUCGCCUACACAAUGACGCUGAGGACGACCAAGACAUCUUGCUCGAUCGAAUAGGUGACCGAUUGUCGUUGCUUCUUCGAGAAGCUCACGAAGCUGUCCUCGAUUAUCAACCGAAAACGCCCACGGCUAAAAGAGUCACUCGACCCAAAGUCCGUCGACGCUCGGUGCUAAUAGCACCCAAGCCAUCCCGAUCACGAAGGCGACGGCUGUCAUCAUCUUCCACAUUCAACAUCGCUACCGGCCAUGCCUCGUCUUUUUCAUCGACAGCAUCGGCCUUGUCUCUUAAUGCAUCAAUAUCAUAUUCAUCCACCACCGUAUCUCGAGACACUGUUCAUCAUGUUAGUCGCCGUCUGAAGCGAGAAACGGAUUUGGGAACACGGAUGCACGAUCCAACCGUGGAAUCGUAUGAGCGGUUACACCAAUCCAUCGUGAUGUUAGACUCGUUAUCGCGAGACUUGCAUGUAGCAAACGAUUCAUGGCAACCUCAAUUAUCGUUACUACUGGUAUUGCUGCCCUUGUUUUAUAUACCGACUCUCAUCCUCGGCAUCGUGCCAACUAUUCCCAAUAUCAUGACCGGCUGGCUCUUACUAUUUUCCAUGCUGAAAAUCCGCCCUCCCGACACACAAUACCAUGAAUCCCCACCCGGCUCAUUUGCCAACAACGACCUUGAUCAAUCGAUGACCGUAGAAACAUCACGGUAUCCCAUAGGACGACGACACUCCUUCUAACCCAUUCAUUUAUACGUGACAUUCUCUCUUUUUUCAUCAGACAUACAACAUUUCCUUCCAUAUAUUACGCUUUGUAUUCUAUGCUUUCUCUCUCUUUCUCCCUCUCUCAUUCUAUGCAGCUGCUCAUAUCAUUUUGCUUUUCAUCCACACACUCUACCACUGUUUGCUCUUUCUCGUUGUUUCACACCAUAUCAUUGCCCUUCCCUCACCCCAACAUGAUCACGAUAAAAUGACAA